CCUCUUCGCCUGCCCUCCCAUCGCUACCUCCAGCCUCCCCUAACGCAGCCAUGAAGGAGAGUUGAGCUCUGCCACCUUCAGUUGCUUUUACAGCGCAGGAAGUUGGCACCGGGCAGCUCUUGCUGUUAACGGGAUCCCGGGGGACUGAAAAGAGGCAAAGGGAGGGAAUCCGGAGGGAGAGUUUUUCUUGUGGGAAGUAGGAGGCUGUCGGACUCCCGGACUUCGUGAUGGAUCCCAAGGAGCGGAAGAAAAUCCAGUUUUCGGUACCUGCGCCGCCCAGCCAGCUGGAUCCCCGUGCAGUGGAAAUGAUCCGUCGUCGGAGACCAACCCCAGCUUUGCUUUUCCAGCUUUCAGAAACCUCCCCUGAAGAUGAAGCAUCCCCAUAUCAGAGAUCUCUGGGUGAAGGAUACCACCUUAAAAACAAAAGGAAUGCCCCCUGUGUCUACACCCCCCCUUCUCUUAAAGCUGUGCAACGCCUCGCACAAAGCCAUCUGGAAUCCAACAGUUCCUGGAUGGAUGAAGACUAUGCUGAAGAUGUUGAAGAAGGGGAAGAAGAAGAGGAGGAGGAAGAAGAAGAUGCUCAAGAUUCAGAUGAUACUGUGAGGGAGAUGACUGGCUUGUAUAAAUCAGGAGAUUCCCAAGGGCAGGGUCCAGCUUCCAAGGGAAGACUGCUAAGACAGUGCACUGGUGGGCAGAAAGUAUCCUUUGCAGGAUCUGUUGAGGAAGUCCCUACUGGAUCAGAGAAGUCAGAAGAGGGUGAUGCCCCAGAAGACAAGACAAAUGUGAAAAAGGAAGAGGGAGAGGGAGAUCCGCCAUUAACAGAUCAUGACAUGGAACAGAGUCACUCUGACUGGAAAGAGAGACCUCCCUGUGCUGUUAAACUGGAAAACCGUUCUUCUCCACCCCCAAUCCACACCACAACCUAGCAUUGGAAGUGAAGGAUAGUUUUGGGAGAUAACCUAUUUAUGGCAAUCUCUCAUUUUUCACAAGACCAAUUGGAUUACUUCCUUUAACAACUAUUUCCCCUCUUACUCUCUUUUCUGUUUUGAAUUUGUAUCUUAUUUGACAGUGUUUGGUUAUGUUCAGUGAAUUAUUCAAUAGAAGGGGUGAAGGGAAGAAGGGUGAACGGAAAGCUGCCUAGAAAUGAACCUUCACGUUCAAAGGCAAGAUGUCUCUGAUGUCCUGUUGUUCUGGACAGGUGGCAGGAUGGCUGUUUUUAUUGUGCCUUGUCAGUAGAUUUCACUGCAAGGGGAGGAAAGAAGCCACCCCCACACUCAUUGUUUGACCUUCAACCCUGAACUAGAGGCUCAUUUGGUUAGAUCUAGCAUGAUCAUUCUGGGUUUUUUUUUAAUGUUUCUGCUUACCCGUCCAGACCUGAUAAUUAUAUGAUUAUGACCAUGGUUUGCAAUUUUAAUAAUUAUUUAAGGAAAUCAGAUUGCUGAGGUGCUUCCAGACAAAUAGAGCCUUGUUCUAGUAAUAAAGAAGUAUUAUAUAACUAUGUUAAUUUUCAUUAUUAAAAAAUGGAAACUAUUGUGUGUUGAUGGGAGGGAGAAAUAGAAGAGAUGUUAUGCAGUAACUGGAAGCAAUGUUCUACGUAAACCAUGUAAAAUUUCAUCAAGGAGGUUGAUUGCACAAUAAAUUCCUUGUCUGGCAGCACUUCUUCUCUGAAGAUAUUGCCAUUUGAUUUCUAAAAACCAAAUGUGAAAAUUUGGUAUUUCAUCAACUAGAAUUUAUAGCUGGGUUCAGCUGAAUUAGCUAAAGAAAGAUCUUUAACGUCUAUCUCCCACAUCCAUUGUUCUAUUCAAUGCUCAGAGAGCUGUAAUUUAAUCUCUGAAUAGUUGAAUCCAAUCUCUGAAUAGUUGAAUCUUUCUUCCUUCUUUCCUUUCUCCCACACCUUUCUCCCUGUGCAUUGGGCAAUGCCAUUCCAUGUUUUUUUUUUCUGCUUUAUUAAAGCUUUGUAAAUAAAUACUGCAUUUAAAGAGUAUUUUAUGGAGAGAAGUGCCAACAACACAGUUUAAGCCAGUUCUUCCUUAAUGAAUAGCCAGGAACUUCAGAAGGAAAGGUUUCAGUUUUGGGGAGUUGACCUUCUGCAAACAAUCACUAUAUACAUAAACCAAAGUUCAUUGGCAGUAGGUAUAUAAAAAAAAAUAGGACAAAUAUGGGAGUGUGAAAAGGAUGGACCUGCUAUGAUUCCUCCAAUGUUUAUCUCUAGGAAAACCUUAGGUUUGGCUUCUAAAAACAACCCAAGCAAACCAAUUGUCAAAUAUUCAAGACUGUAUUUUGUAA